UGUACAUCUGCAAUGCUGGUCAGUGUCUAAUAAGUUAUGAGUAGUAUGUUAAUCGUAUGUAGCCUGAUUAGAACCAUUGUCUUUUAAAGGUUAAGCUUUUUUUCUCUGACACCCUUAGUGCUUGUUUCUAAUUUUCCUAGCUGGUCUUUCUGUUAGCAAAUUUCAUGGUGUGCAUGUAGAGCUUGAGAAGUAGAAAAAAUAGUUUUUUCAUCUACAGGAACUGAAAAGAUGAACAACCUAUAUAACACAUCAGAUGUGUUACACCUUAAAAGUUAUGAUCUCUCUUAUGAAGGUGUCUUCCCUGCAUUCCUCUUUGCAACCCUAAACUACAUGAUCAUCCUGUUCUGCAACCUUACGCUAAUUCUUACCAUUGUGAUGAACAAAUCUUUGCAUCAGCCAAUGCAUCUCUUCCUGGUGAAUCUUCCCAUCAAUGACCUGAUAGGUUCUUCAGCCCUCUUUCCUCACCUCAUUAAGGAGAUCCUGACGGACAGCAGAAGGAUUCAGCUCCCGGUUUGCAUCAUCCAAGCUUUUUUCAUCCAUAUCUACGCAGCCGGAUCAGUGUUCAUUCUGACUGCGAUGGCCUAUGACAGAUACAUCGCCAUUUGUCACCCUUUGCGUUACAGCACGGUUAUGACUAGUGCUCACAUCAUGAAAAUAAUCACAUUAGUGUGGUCUUCUUGUGUGGUUUUAAUAGCUGUGCUUUUCAUUCUGCUUUUGCGUUUGCGCCGCUGUCGAUCUGAAAUGACGCACUCCUACUGUGAUAAUCCAAGUCUGUUGACUUUGGUUUGUGAAGACACAACCAUUAAUAACAUUUAUGGUCUUUUUAUAAGUGCUGCUACACAAGUAAUAGCUAAUAGUCUGGUUUUUUAUACAUAUCUUCGUAUCCUCAUUGCUUGCUUUAGAUCCAGACGGUCAGACACUAAAGCGAAAGCUCUGCAGACAUGUGCUACACAUCUUUUCGUUUUCCUUUUGUUUGAGAGCUUGGGCCUCUUCACGAUCAUAUCUUAUAGACUACGGAAUAUUUCACCACAUUUAAGAAGAUUUAUGGGGGUGUCUACAUUAAUCUUCCCACCAACACUAAAUCCACUCAUUUAUGGAUUGAAAACAAAAGAAAUUCGUGAAAAAGUGAUAAACUUUUUUGGAAAUAAAAGGGUUAUUUCCUAAUCGUUUAUGACUUAUACGAUAUUUGAAAACAAAAUAUAAUCCCAAUAUAACAAAAAUAAUGUUUUUUGUAUAUUGGGAUAAAAAGUCUGUAACAUUAACAAUCAAGGGAUAAUUGGAAAUUGUGCUGCAAGAUUUUCAACAUUUAAUAAACACUUUAGCUCCUAUUUGUGUGACUAUUUAAUGUCAGUAAUUGAAAUGUUGUUGUCUGUUGUGUUUUUCAUGAAAGUGGCAUUUUCUCUUAGUCAACAUAUGUCACAAUUUCUCAUGAUAGCCACCAAUUCCUUAAGCUAUCUGGAUCUGUGUGACAGCGAAGUUUGUUGUAAUGAUGUUAGUCCCUUAAUUUACUUGUUUAUUGUUAUACUGUGCAGCUUUCCCGAAUCCCUGUUCUAUAUAAUGUCAGUAGCUCAUACUAGCUUUAUUUUUCCCAGGGUAAAAUAAUUUAAUUGGACUCAGUCUUUCUGCUUACAGCUGUUUCCUGUUGCAUUUUCAUGAGUUAUGUUGGAUGCUUGCAGUGCCUAAAUGAUGUACACCUCUCUAAGGACACACUUUCCUGAAUCUGAUUGAGUCAUGAGGCAUUGUUUAAAUAUGCAACAUAAAUAAAAGCUAAAGGAUUGAGGAUCUGUAUUGCUUUUCAAUGUUUUACACAAAAGGGCGGGAUAAUGUUACACAAUUAACAUAUUCACAUUCAUGAAAAACUCAAAACGUAAGCCUCCAUUUGUCUUUUGUGUAGUUAUGUGAUUUGCUGCCCUCUUGUGGUGAUUAGAGCAACAAAUGUGUAAGAAGCCUCAUACUCUUCACAGGCUAUAUUGUUUAUGUGGAAGUAAUAAUAAUAAUAAUGCCUUUACUACUACUGCCACUGAUGCUGCUACUAUAUAUAACAACAACAACAAUAAUAUCAUUAUUAUUACAAUUUUGAUUUGGCCAGACUUAUAAAAAAGACAACUGGGAUUGCUAGCAGCUUGAUGAGGAAAUAAGAACGGUUGAACAGGAAUAUUGAGUUGUUUGGAGUAGUGGUGUAUAGUUGACAUGUAAACAUCUGUAUUGUUGUCUGUUUGGCUUGCUUAUUUUUUUAUAUCUUAAUUUAGCUUCAUCUUUAAUUAUGAAUGCUGUAAGUAAACUAAAACUUUAUGUAGUUUAAAGAAAAUAUCUGAUAUAUACAGUAGAAGCUAGAUAUAGUGUGAGUAUAGUUAGGGUCAGACAAUUAAAUGAUGUAGAAUACUAUCAAUUGAAUUUGUUGAUUCAAUGUUUAUUGGAUUGAGUGUUUUAUUGUUGAUUCUGUAAGGUGACCUUGAGUGUUGAGAAAGAUGCCUAUAAAUAAAAUGC